ACAAACUAGGAACUACACAAGGCUAGAAGAUGAUUUUUCUAAAUCAAUAAGUUUGAAAAAUAUGACGACAGGGGAGGUGUCAUCCAGUGUUCCAACUACACCGAACUCUAGAAGAACCUUAAUGCCCAGAAGUCCCUGCGGAGUUAAAAUCUUUAAUCCACCUCCCAGUCCACUCAGAAGUAAAUUCCAGUUCCAAAUGGAAGGUCCCUCCUUUGAUAAUGAUAUGGGGGGAAAUGGAAUUCAAAAAAGUUCUACUCUGCUAGAUCCGUAUCAGGAUAUUCCGUCUAGGAUUCCUUCUCCAACUUUCUCUCAUAAGGGAAGUCUAAAACUAUCUCGUCCAUCCACCCCUACAUCUCCUAUGUUCGCUAAAUUAUUCAGUAAUCGGUAUAUGGAUUAUCAAAAGGAGGGUGCAGAGCACUCUACCUCUCCCUCUUCUCUCCUUGAUGAAAGAUUCAGCUCCCGACCUUCCUCUAGGUCCUCGAUGAACCACCAUCUCUCCCCCUUCAUAUCUCCUUGUCACUCCCCAGCUAUACGAGAGUUUAGAAAGAAUGCUUCCCCCUCAAUGAUUAACUUGAAGUCUCCCUCCUCCUCUUCUAGGAACUCCAGAAUAUUAUCUCCAGCUUCAUCAUCUCCUUUCAGUGCUACCUCGUCAUCCAUGCUCUCCCCGGAUUCCAGGGAAGUUAUGGAAAUUUUUCUUUACCAAGGGUUAAGUAUUGUUGAUCGAGAGGAGAUUAACAAAGGAUCAACUAUCAAGGAUUGA